AUCGAGGGUAGUGAGACGUGAAGCAGAGCGCAACUGGAGAUUAUCUUCCUUUCUGACUAGCUCGUCGAACGGUGCGGUUGCCGAACCGUUAAAUUGUUACAUUUUUAGUUCGUGUUACUUUAAAUUUAAGUUUCAUUUUCGACAGUUGCAUUUAAGUUAUUCCAAACAGUCAAAAUGGGUAAAGAAAAGACUCACAUUAACAUUGUCGUUAUCGGUCACGUAGAUUCCGGCAAAUCUACCACCACCGGCCAUUUGAUCUACAAAUGCGGUGGCAUCGACAAACGUACCAUCGAAAAGUUCGAGAAAGAGGCCCAGGAAAUGGGAAAAGGUUCCUUCAAAUACGCCUGGGUACUCGACAAACUGAAGGCUGAACGUGAACGCGGUAUCACCAUCGACAUCGCCCUGUGGAAAUUCGAAACCGCCAAAUACUACGUGACGAUCAUCGACGCCCCCGGCCACAGGGAUUUCAUCAAGAACAUGAUCACCGGUACCUCGCAGGCCGAUUGCGCCGUGCUCAUCGUCGCCGCCGGUACCGGCGAAUUCGAAGCCGGCAUAUCGAAGAACGGCCAGACGCGCGAGCACGCCCUGCUCGCCUUCACCCUGGGAGUCAAACAGCUCAUCGUUGGCGUCAACAAAAUGGACUCCACCGAGCCGCCGUACAGCGAAUCGCGUUUCGAGGAAAUCAAAAAGGAGGUGUCCUCGUACAUCAAGAAGAUCGGCUACAACCCCGCCGCCGUCGCUUUCGUCCCGAUCUCCGGAUGGAACGGCGACAACAUGUUGGAGCAAUCCGACAAGAUGCCUUGGUUCAAGGGAUGGGCCAUCGAACGCAAAGAGGGCAAGGCCGACGGUAAAUGUUUGAUCGAAGCUUUGGAUGCUAUCCUGCCUCCGUCUCGUCCCACCGAGAAACCUCUGCGACUUCCCCUCCAGGAUGUCUACAAAAUUGGAGGUAUUGGAACAGUACCCGUGGGUCGUGUGGAAACCGGUGUAUUGAAACCCGGUAUGGUGGUCGUUUUCGCUCCGGCCAACAUCACUACUGAAGUAAAAUCUGUAGAGAUGCACCACGAGGCUCUGCCCGAGGCCGUGCCCGGCGACAACGUUGGUUUCAACGUGAAGAACGUCUCCGUGAAGGAAUUGCGCCGUGGUUACGUGGCUGGCGACACCAAAAACAACCCUCCCAAGGGAGCCGCCGAUUUCACCGCCCAGGUGAUCGUCCUCAACCAUCCCGGACAGAUUUCUAACGGUUACACGCCGGUGCUCGACUGUCACACGGCCCACAUCGCGUGCAAAUUCGCCGAAAUCAAAGAGAAGGUCGACCGUCGUUCGGGCAAGACCACCGAGGAGAAUCCGAAAGCCAUCAAAUCCGGAGACGCAGCUAUCGUCAACUUGGUGCCCAGCAAACCCAUGUGCGUUGAAUCAUUCCAGGAAUUCCCGCCCUUAGGACGUUUCGCUGUGCGUGACAUGAGGCAAACCGUUGCUGUGGGAGUCAUCAAGGGUGUCUCGUUCAAGGACCCGUCCGCCGGUAAAGUCACAAAAGCCGCAGAAAAAGCACAAAAGAAGAAAUAGCCUCCUUUAAUCUCCUGUCUGGUUUAUAAUAAAUGUAAAUUAGGACAUUGUUUAAAACUUAUUUUAUAUUGUAUACUGACUUUUGUGAUUUGUAAAUUAAACAUUGUUUUGAUUUACUCGGAAAAACAAUAAAGUGGUUUUCUGAUAUUUGCACUCUUU